GAACUAUGAUCAGUCAUCUUUCUGCCGUGCGUAGAUCAACUGGUUUUGCUAAGCAGAGUUUUUUUUUUACAUUUGUACGGUUACAAAAUGAAAACAUUGGCGUAUUCGAUAGUAUUGGGAGUAUUGCUUGGACUUUCGUGCUGUCACGCUUACACCUACACCGCUUUGAAUGCAGUGAACAAAGAUUUUCCGGGUGAAUGCUACGAUAAUGGGACAAAGAUCCACUUUAAACCAGGAGAAAUCCGCCAACGACCUAAUUUAUGUGAAGAGAUGACGUGCGGUAGUGAUAAUUCGAUUGUAUAUUUUGGGUGCGGCGUAUCUGUAAUGAAUGAUCCGAACUGUGUACAAAUAGAACAGGACUUCAGCAAAGAUUACCCUGUGUGCUGCAAGAAAUAUAAAUGUGUUAUUGAUGGAAAGGUUUCUUACUUUUAAUUACCUAGCGUUUAAAAGUAUUUUAUUAUGAACAAAUUGUUAAGGUUUGUGAGAGAAUAUGCUUAUCCUUAGACUUAGAACAUAAAAUGUAGUUAAUAUGUGACAAAUAUACAAUUUGACUAUUUAUACUACCUCCACA